UCGCGAGAGGAGGGGCGGACGGGGACGGGCAGAGCUGUCAAUCACCCGGGCCCCGGCAGCUCGCGCUCUCAAUCUCUCAGUUGCAAUUUUCCAACAUGGCUUCGACUGGAAAGUGUACCCGGUUCACCGAUGAAUACCAGAUCCACGAGGAGCUCGGCAAAGGCGCUUUCUCCACCGUCCGCAGAUGUAUCAAACUGUCGACAGGGCAGGAAUAUGCCGCGAAAAUGAUUAACACGAAAAAACUCCCUGCCAGAGACCAUCAGAAGUUGGAGAGGGAAGCUCGGAUCUGUCGACUGCUGAAACACUCCAAUAUCGUUCGGCUCCAUGACAGCAUAUCAGAAGAAGGAUACCACUAUCUUGUGUUUGACUUGGUGACCGGGGGUGAAUUGUUUGAAGAUAUCGUAGCCAGAGAGUACUACAGUGAAGCAGAUGCAAGUCAUUGCAUCCAACAGAUCCUAGAGGCCGUGCUCCACUGCCACCAGAUGGGGGUUGUCCAUCGAGACCUCAAGCCUGAAAACUUGCUGCUUGCCAGUAAGUGCAAAGGUGCGGCAGUGAAGCUGGCUGACUUCGGACUGGCCAUCGAAGUUCAAGGAGAGCAGCAGGCAUGGUUUGGUUUUGCAGGGACACCUGGAUACCUCUCCCCUGAAGUACUUCGAAAAGAAGCCUAUGGGAAGCCAGUGGAUAUCUGGGCAUGUGGAGUCAUUCUCUACAUCUUGCUUGUCGGCUACCCGCCCUUCUGGGACGAAGACCAGCACAAGCUCUACCAGCAGAUUAAGGCUGGCGCUUACGAUUUUCCUUCCCCCGAGUGGGACACAGUUACUCCAGAGGCCAAGAAUCUCAUCAACCAGAUGCUGACGAUAAAUCCUGCCAAGCGAAUCACUGCCACUGAAGCCCUGAAGCAUCCGUGGGUCUGCCAACGAUCCACUGUUGCAUCUAUGAUGCAUCGCCAAGAGACCGUGGAGUGUCUGAAGAAAUUCAAUGCCAGGCGAAAACUGAAGGGUGCCAUCCUUACAACCAUGUUAGCAACACGGAACUUCUCAGUGGGCAGGCAGACCACUGCACCAGCUACAAUGACUGCUGCUGCCAGCGCGACCGUUGGUCUCGUUGAACAAGCAGCCAAAAGUUUACUAAACAAGAAGGUUGAUGGAGUGAAGAAAAGGAAGUCAAGUUCCAGUGUUCAAUUAAUGGAAUCUUCUGACAGCAGCAACACAACAAUUGAAGAUGAAGAUGUUAAAGAUGGCUGGCCAACUUCGGUCUUCCUACAGGUAAGAGCUCGCAAGCAAGAAAUCAUCAAAUUAACUGAACAGCUUAUCGAAGCAAUUAAUAAUGGGGACUUUGAAGCAUAUGCGAAGAUUUGUGACCCGGGACUAACAUCGUUUGAGCCUGAAGCACUGGGCAAUCUCGUUGAAGGAAUGGACUUCCACAGGUUUUAUUUUGAGAACUUGUUAUCAAAAAAUAAUAAACCCAUCCACACAACUAUCUUGAAUCCUCACGUCCAUUUGAUCGGGGAGGAUGCUGCCUGCAUAGCGUACAUCCGACUCACCCAGUACAUAGACGUUCAGGGUAGGCCGCGGACAACCCAGUCAGAGGAGACACGAGUCUGGCACCGUCGGGACAGCAAAUGGCAGAACGUUCACUUCCACUGCUCGGGUGCCCCAGCAGCACCACUCCAGUGAAGAGCUGAAGGAGUUAACAGAGUUGUGUUCCGAGCAAACAUUCUAGCCGAGCCGCAAUCUGGUGGCCUCUGAAGACCAGCAGUGACAUGCACGUGUCCGCAUGCACAUUAUGCUCCUGGUGGCUGCAUAAUUGUCACGUUUGUGGAACUAUAUGGUGUUUCUUUCAGCCGUCUCAAGAUGCAGACAUUUAAAAAAAACAAAAAAAAUUACAAAAGGCUACUGUAUAUGUACUUUAUAUAAAUCAUAUUUGAUGGCAGUGAUUUGUACAAUUCAUUCAAAACAUUUGCCAAAGCAUGAAGGUUAAAAUUUAAUGGUGAUUAUCCUAAUGUUGGAGGGUUCGUGUUCCAUUUUACAUUUUCUUGUACACUAAAGAUGUGUCAUUUGUUCUUUGGAAAGCAUAGAUUUUGAUGUAGUUAUGCUUGUCUCAGUGGAACUCAGGGCAGUUGGAAACAAGGCCCUGCUACUUCCACUGGCACUUUUUGUGUGGUUUAAGGCAGAAGACAGCCAACUAAACAGUCAACAUUUCAUUCAAACCGGCCUCGUGACUGGAUGUUAACUGGGAAAACAAAGUAGUCUUCUGCCAUCACCAAAUUGUGACAGGAAGUUGCUCCUGUGCAACUUAAGUACAUGAAGAAAUAUGGCAACCGGAUUUAUCAUUUCUUAUGCCUUUUGUGUGUGUAUUGAAAAAGUUAGCUCAAUUUAUGGAUUUUUCUCUUGUUUUGUGUGAAAUGUGUUUAUUUGAUAUAACAAAGUUUAAAGUAAAUAACUUAAAAAGGUAACAGGUACAUGUGAAAAUUUAAAAGUUUCAGUAGAGUUCUUCCCAGAUUAUAUUCAUUUAAGAAGUGAAUGAGUUAACUAUAUCAUAAUUAAAGUAGCAAGACCCAAUACAGUGUUCUUUACUGUUUCCUUAAUACUGUGCUACCGACUCUAGAGUUUAUGAGAAACCUGUUGCCAUCUAUUAACUGUAUAUGCAUUUUUACAGAGUUGAUGCAUGUUAUAUAUUUAUAGCCAAUAAUUUUGUGUUGAACUGCCAAUAUGGGUUCAGAUGAUGUACCAAGUUUUCCUGCUUUCAAUUGCACAUUCUUGGAUGCGUGUAGUAAUACAAUGUGAUGCCGAAGCUCCGUGUGGCUGGACAGCCUCUCAGAAAGGCAUGAUCACUUUGUUGUUUCUUUGUUAGGCUUGUGUAGAAAAUAGUUUACUGAAAUGGACAACGGAAUUUUUUUGCAUGACACAGUUAACCCUGUUAGUUUCUAAAAUGAUUGCCUGUAGAGCUAUACGUUUCUCUUUGCCUCUCCUUUCUGAGCUUAGUAACAGCAACAUUUUUGUCUGAUGAUGUGUAAUAGAAACCUGGUUUGCAUGCAUUCUACCAACCGUUUAACGAUUUUGCGCAGGGGCUGUGAAAACGCAUCAAGAGGACUCCUCUUUUCAUUUUUAUGGAUGUUUUAAAUUAGACAGCUAGGGGUCUUAAUUGUAAUGAGCUGUGCGUGGAUCAUAUUUUUUUAUUUUUUUUUACGAGGGCUGUGGAACCCAUGAAUUAAACAAAUGAGUUUUACCUCAUUUUAUGCCUCGCGUGGCUUUAAGUGUGGAAAAAGUUGAUUUUGCUGGAGAUAUUUUUACGGUUGAAAAUGAUGGACUAUAUUUGCUUUUUACACAGCAACUUGCCUGAAUAUGAAAUGUGAUUUCUUUUUAAUUAUUCAAGUUCUCUGCAGCUGAAAUUCUGUCAGGUCUGGUUUAUAUGAGGACAAAAACAUUAUGUUACAGGACGUGGUCUGUGUGUCCCUCUCACCAUUUAAAAAUUGUUGAUAUGUCAGAAAUAAAACUUGACUCUAUGA